CAGCAACUUCCUGGGUUCUUCAAACCAAAACCCACCACACUCAAUUUAUAUCUUCAUUCCCUUCUUCUCUUACCAUUUUAUUUCCUCAUAUCAGUGAAGAAAAGGAAAAAGAAAAAGAAAAACACAAUAUUCUUAUGGAGGGUCUUCUGCCUCUGGUUUACAAAGCAAUCAAGAGAAACAAAACUCGAAGUCAAUACGAGUGUCUCUCAUCAGGAUCUGCUCUCAACUACAACAUCAACAUGGCUCAGAUGUACCCUCAAACACAGGAUCAAAUCCUUCGGAAUCAGACACCACCCAACCAUCAUCAUCAAGAUCAUCACAAAUAUGCUCAUCGCCGACAUAACUCUGUUGGAGAUUUCGGUAAUGGUUUCCAAUCCACCCAGAUGAGAACAGGUGUUGUUUCCAGCCCUUCAAACAAACUCGUUAGGUUUAGGAGUCAGAGAAUGUUUUCGUGUAUUACUGGUGUCUGAGGUUGUUUUCUGCACAAUGUUUUCAUGCAUUAAUUCAGACCGUGUUGUGAACCUUAAUUGUGCUGUGGGGUCAGGUUCUCUGAACUUUUCAAACAGUAAAAAUAACAUUAAAUUCUAAAAUGAAAGAUGAGAAGGUGUUUAUAUUGGAUGUUUGAAA